GGCGGAGAAGGCGGUCAACGACCGCCUCGCGCAGACACCUGAGCUUUACUUGCUCGCUCUGGCGCAGUUUGCUGUGUCUGCGGACACAGAUAUGAUGCGGUCCUUCUCGCUUGUACUACUACGGCGGUUGCUCUUCCGUUCAACUACAAAUCAGACACUCCCCUUGUACGACCACCUUUCUGCGCAGACGCUUGCUACGGUCGAACGUUUGCUACUGCACAUCCUACUGCACGAGCCAACCAUUGCUGUACGCCGCAAAGCUACAGACACAAUCUCGGAAGUAGCUAACCACUCCAUGUCUCGUGGAAGACCAUGGCACUCCCUGCAACAACAAGCAUUCCAAAUGACCGAGAGCGAAGACCCCGUCACGCGCGAGAACGCGUACCGUGUCUUCGCAGGCUCGCCCAACCUCAUCAUGGAUCUGCGGACGGAUUCCGUUAUUGGCAUGCUGCAGAAGGGCUUGCAAGACCCGCAGAGUGUUGAUGUUCGCCAUGCUGCCCUCAGAGCUUCUGUGGCUUAUCUUUCUGCCUCCGACCUCCCUCAGCAAGCGCAAUCACUAUCGCUGCUGUACCCGAUGCUAAACACGCUGUCUUACUUGCCCCACGCCCAUCUUCCAGGCUUCCUUGGCACACUAACUCCACUCGCUUCGUCACACCCAGCCCUCUUCGAGGCGCACCUAUCAGCUCUACUGAAGUUCCUGCCAGCGCUAAUUCUACCCUCGGUGGACUCGGGUCCUACGCCCACCGUCGCCCGGCCGAAUCCAGACUCGCAGACAUUCACAUUUCCCCCGUCUGACGUCAAAGGCAAGAGUCUGGCAACCAACGACGAGGACGAGGAGACGACAGAGGUACGCAAGGCGGCCCUCGAGUUCAUGGUCAGCCUGACCGAGGCGCGCCCGAGUAUGGUCAGGCGGGUGGAUGGCUGGACGGCCGCGGUUGUCCGAGGGUGUCUCGAGGGCAUGGGAGAGAUCCCUGAGGACGACAUGGAGAUUUGGCUGGAAGCGGAGCCAGCUGACGACCCCACAGACGACACCUACCCACAUGUUUACGAGCAGGCUCUGGACCGUGUAGCGAUUGCGCUCAGUGGUAAAGCUGUGCUUCCGCCUGCGUUCCAGUACAUUCCCGGCAUGCUCGUCAGCCAUGACUGGCGACUACGACAUGCGGGUCUCAUGGCUAUUGCCGCGAUAGCGGAAGGCACGUCCAAGCUUAUGCAGAAAGAACUCGGAAAGGUCAUCGAGCUUGUGAUCCCGACCUUCCGUGACUCUCAUCCACGAGUAAGAUAUGCAGCAUGUCAAUGCGUCGGCCAGCUGUGCACAGACUUGGAGGAGAUCAUUCAAGCCCGUUAUCAUCAGCAGCUAUUCAACGUCUUAAUUCCCACACUGGAAGCACCAGAACCACGAGUUCAUGCCCAUGCGGCAGCUGCCCUCAUUAACUUUUGUGAAGGCGUCGAACGAGAUACGCUCAUUCCUUACCUUGACCCGAUCGUUGAACGCCUCUUGAAGCUGCUCCGACCCGGUGCCGGGAAGCCACCGAAACGUUAUGUCCAGGAGCAGGCCAUCACGACCCUGGCCAUGGUCGCCGACGCGAGCGAGGCUACAUUUGCCAAACAUUAUCAUGAGAUCAUGCCCCUGUUAUUGAGCGUGUUAGAGGCUGCGGAUGGCCCGGAUUACGCGAAGCUGCGCUUGAAAGCGAUGGAAUGCGCCGGUCUCAUCGCCAUUGCCGUCGGCCGUGAUGUCUUCCGCCCGGAUGCGAAUACCUUCAUUGAAAGACUUAUCCGCAUCCAGAAUACGCCUGCUGAUAACAGCGACUCACUGCUCGGCCACUAUCUUAUCGCGACCUGGGCGAAGGUGUGCCAGGCAAUGGGCCCGGAGUUCGAGCCGUAUCUGCCGGUGGUGAUGCCCCCGCUGCUGCAAGCUGCUAGCGCCAAGACCGACAUGAACGUCUUCGAUGAUGAUGUUGUCGAGGAGCGCGACGGUUGGGAGACCAUUUCUGUCGAUGGAAAGCAGAUUGGUAUUAAGACAUCUGCUCUUGAGGAGAAGUGCCAGGCGUUCGAAACCUUGGUUAUCUACUGCUCAACGCUCGGCCCGCGCUUUGCGCCGUACCUCUCACAGACGUUAGAGCUCGCCCUGCCAGGGCUGAAGUACAUGCUUCACGACGGCGUGAAGGAGGCCGCAUCCCUGCUCAUACCGAUGCUGUUGUCCUGCGGAAAGAACAGCGGUACACUGACGCCGCACAUGGUUAACGCAUCGUUCACGCAGGUGAUCACUUGCACUGGCGGCGAAGAAGAGGUAUCGCUACUCUCGUCGCUCUUCCGCUGUUUCAAUGAGUGCAUGCGCGUCGUCGGCGGGCCGCAGGCGCUCCCACAGGAGGUGCACGACGGCAUCAUCCAAGUGACAAAACACCAGCUCCAGAGCAUCGCUAAUCACCGUAAGGCGCGCGCAGGCCGCCCCGCCGCAGACCUCGCGGACGAAAAGGAGGACCUCAUGCUCGCAGAAGAGAUGGAGGACUUCGUGCUUGAGGACAUGUCCAAGAUGCUCCGGACGCUCGACCCGAACCAUAAUUUGCUCAUCGCCGUCGGGAGCGUCCGCGAGCUCGGCCUGCAUCUCGACCAGUGGGAGAGCGGAGAUGAGGGCGGCGGCGACAUGUAAACGGUCCCGCGUUGUAAACAUCUAUUGUAUCAUCAUUCGUACGCCGUAACGCCUAGUCUCGGUUCAACCCGCUAUUAUUUAGAGACUUGUAAUAAGGGCCUUCGGAGUUCAAAAGAGGGCUAUAGAGAAAGCUCAGGAAUUUUAAAGUCUGC